UUGUGCGUCACGUAUCCUGGUUUAUGGGCGACUCUUUCUAGACUCACUUCUAGGCGACAGGUCCACGUUUUGGGCGCGUGCUUUCGCCUCUCAAUGUGUGUUAAAUUCAGGGGUAAUGUGAAAUCCGCGUGGUGCACAGAAUCGCGAAUCGGUCCAUUCAAGCUCAAAGACCCCACCGUGAUUUCUCCAUCUGUGAAUACUCUAUUGAUUCUACACUACCUUUGCCAUCAGGAGUAUCGCUCAUAAGGAAUUUGGCUCCACUGGUCCUAGGCUCACAGAGACUGUGGGCACAUCUCGAACCAGAGCGCGCCUUGAGUGGCGGGUGAGAUGACACGCCCCCACCGGAUUGCCUCGCUCAGCCUCCCACUCUGGUGGCUUUUACUGACACGUGUGUACAGACAGGAAGCUCAAGGGGUUGAGAUCUCCCAGGACUGUGGCCAGCGCAACACCAGCUUGUGCCCCUGUAUUCCAAUAAAAGGUUCCAGGGGACCUCCUGGUGCUUUAGGGGAAGAUGGUCGAAUGGGGGCUCCAGGUCCACAAGGCCCUCAGGGACAACGUGGACAGAAAGGACAACGGGGAUCGGAAGGAAUUCCUGGGGUUCCUGGAAUAAAAGGAGAUGUAGGCACUCCAGGAAUUCCUGGGGUUCCUGGAAUAAAAGGAGAUGUAGGUCCUCGUGGACAUGUUGGCCCUCCCGGUCUUCCAGGAUUAGAUGGCUGCGAAGGAACCAGAGGAGAUCCAGGACCCGCUGGCCGUCCAGGACCAAAUGGUGUAAUCGGACCACGAGGACACCCAGGACCAAAGGGACCGAAAGGAGUUAGUGCAUGCAGAUAUUUGAGGGUUCCUGGUCAACCUGGUUGCAAUGGACCUCCUGGUGAUCCUGGACCUCGAGGACUUCCUGGACCUUGUGGCCCACAGGGUCCACAGGGGAACCCUGGAGAUCCUGGAUUACCGGGUGGAAAUGGUGCUCCAGGUGUACGAGGUGUUCCAGGAGACACGGGAAAACUGAUUCCUGGUGAUAGUGGAGAUGAGGGAGAUCCAGGGCCAAAGGGUGAUCCAGGGCCCACUGAAUUGGUUGAGCCACCACAAGAAUUGUUCCCCAAAGGAGACAAGGGGUCAAAAGGACCUGACGGACCCCGUGGAUUGCCUGGAUAUAAGGGAAAUGACGGAUCUGUGGGGGAAACGGGAGAGAAAGGUGUCGCAGGUUGGCCAGGACCUACAGGAGAAUCUGGCUAUCCUGGGCAUUCUGGCAGACAAGGAAUUCAGGGUGAACAAGGAAUGCCUGGACUCUGUGGUGAAAGUGGCUCCCCAGGACUGAAGGGAAUCUCGGGUGAUCCUGGACCAAGAGGGCAAACAACAUAUUUCUUUUAUGAAGCAGGUUGUGUUGGUGAACGAGGAUCUCCUGGGGCCCCUGGUGUCAAAGGAGACAUGGGAUUGAUAGGUCUGCCAGGCCCUACUGGUCAAACAGGAAUAUCUAUACCAGGAACCCCAGGCUGGCCAGGGAUGGUUGGUCCUCAAGGCCUUCAAGGUGAAAAAGGAGCGCCAGGAAAGAGAAGCACUGAGCAGAUCCCAGGGGAACCUGGGAAACCAGGGCUCCAAGGGCCAAAAGGGAUUCAAGGGGAUCCCGGACCCACUGGAUACUCCUGCAUCCCUGGCCAAAGAGGAGUUCCUGGAAUCACAGGAGAUAAAGGUCCAUCUGGUUCUAAAGGCAAUGAAGGGAAACAAGGUGACAGUGGUGACUGUGUUUGUGCGGUCAGAAUUUUAAACGGCGUUAAGGGUUUCCCGGGUGAACCUGGCGAACCCGGUGCUCCAGGACUGCAGGGGCUUCCUGGUGCACGAGGUGAAACUGGCCCUGAUGGAGAACCUGGGCUGAUAGGACAUUUUGGUUAUCCGGGUUUUCCAGGUUUCAGGGGGCUAAAAGGAGAAAAAGGAAACCUGUUUGUGAUGAAUGUCAAGGGUCAAAAGGGACUGGCCGGCACACCAGGGACUGAGGGCAAUCCGGGAACCAAUGGCAGGUGUGGGGAUCAUGGGAAUCCUGGUCCUCCAGGAGAUUGUGGUCCAGAGGGUGAAAGUUUUACAGGUCUUCCUGGUGAUCGAGGUUGUCCAGGAAAUAUGGGUUUCAAAGGUGCAAGAGGUCCCUGUGGACCACAAGGCUCAGGCAUUCCUGGGUCAGUAGGUCAUCGAGGACAUGAAGGUGACCAGGGACCUCCAGGACAGAGAGGAAAUGUUGGGCGUAAAGGAAACAAAGGUGAUAUGCAAGUCUGUAUACCUGGCAGUCCUGGAGUCCGUGGACCAAAGGGAGAGCUUGGUGACCAAGGCUGCUUAGGAGAGGAGGGCAAUCCAGGGCCUUGUGGGGAUCAGGGAAUAAAUGGACCAAAGGGAGAGAAAGGAAACCUUGGAAAUCCUGGUCCUAAUGGCCCUGCAGGGUUAUGUGGAUCUCAGGGGGAUCCAGGAGACUGUGGACCUGUCGGAAAGAGUUUGCAUGGGGAACCAGGGAUACCCGGCAAUACUGGGCCCACUGGGUUACAAGGAUGCAUUGGAGACUCAUUGGUAGGAGAGCGAGGGCCAGUGGGCCCUAGUGGGCUCACUGGCUCUUUAGGACCUAAAGGAGUCCCUGGAGCCCCAGGGUCACUUGGUAGAGAAGGCUCUCCUGGUGUACCUGGAGCUCGAGGUAGUAAAGGAGAGCCAGGAGCAAAUGGUCAGCCUGGGAAAGAGGGGUCUGCAGGCCCAUGUGCAGUACAGUGUCCAGUUGGAACACUGGGGAACCCAGGACUUCCAGGAGACCCAGGCUGUAAUGGAAAUCCAGGCGAACGUGGUGAGAAGGGAUGUACCGGACCACCUGGCAUUCCUGGAAGGGGGCUGAAAGGUGAUACUGGGAGACCAGGCCCACCUGGUGCUCGGGGAUACUGUGGUCCUCAGGGAUGUCAAGGAUCAGAAGGACAGUCUGGAGAUCCUGGUCCAAAUGGAUUGAAAGGUCAUCCUGGACAACCCGGGUGGGACGGCUUAUCUGGUGGCCCUGGUGAGUGUGGAUGUCAAGGACCACCUGGCGUGAAAGGCGAGAAAGGCUUUGACGGGAGACAAGGUUGUACUGGCGUAAAUGGAGAGGAAGGAGAGAAAGGUUCCCAUGGAAAUCCUGGGAUGCCAGGAGAGAUUAACGUGAAUGCUGAAAAGGGGAAGAAGGGGGAGUCAGGAAUGCCUGGGCAGUGUGGACUCCCUGGUCUCCGAGGCGAUAAAGGUGAGAAGGGUGAACACGGCCCAGAUGGCUUUUCAGGGUAUCUUGGACUUCCAGGUUCUGAGAACGGCCCUCGAGGACCACAAGGUCUUUUUGGAAGGCCAGGUGGACCUGGACGCCAGGGCUUACCAGGGUUAAAAGGCAAUAGCGGAUUUACUGGAGAAUGUGGAGAUCCAGGUGACCCAGGGUUGAGUGGAUCUCCAGGAGUCCCAGGUUUCUCUGGAUUUGAUGGGCUGAAAGGUGAUAGAGGAGAUUCCAUAGGUACACCAGGACCUCCAGGUCUGAGAGGUCCAUCUGGACAAAAUGGCUUCCCAGGUUCUCCUGGAGAUGAGGGAGAUGAGGGAGAGGAGGGUCUGCCUGGUCAGUGUGGACAGCAUGGCAAACCUGGUGCUGUUGGAAAUCGAGGACACUGUGGACCCCAAGGUGUUAUUGGUCCUGCGGGACCCAGAGGAAAAUGUGGUGCCGAAGGUCCUUCAGGGCCUCCUGGACCUCCUGGACCUCCUGGACCAUCAGGCCACAAUGGCCCAAAAGGUUGUCAAGGGCCACCGGGACUGCAUGGACUGGAUGGAUUAGAGGGUGUGAAUGGUGAACCAGGGGCACGCGGACUAGGUGUACCUGGGGAUAGGGGGCCUGAUGGUCUGACAGGUGAAAAGGGUUGUUCAGGAGACCCUGGGCCACAUGGUCCUAUCCAGCAAGGGGUCAAAGGCUAUCACGGCCCACCUGGAUUGCCAGGUAAUCCUGGUUGUCCUGGUCCUCAAGGUCUUCCUGGCUCGGACUGUGGGAACCCUAAAGGAGGACAGAGUGGUGAAACAGGUUUUAUGGGUGGCGACGGCCCAUCAGGACCUAGGGGGCCCAUGGGACCGGCAGGCCUGGCAAUACCUGUGCUGGGGGAUGAGGGGGACCCAGGUACACAUGGUCCUCCUGGAUGUAAAGGACAAAUAGGUGAUCGUGGUCCCAAUGGCCAGGUCGGGGUUUCAGGCCUCCAUGGACAGAAAGGUGAGCAAGGAGACCCAGGGCUUAUUGGAGAUCCUGGACCUUCUGGCUUACCAGGAGAAAAUGGCAGCCCCGGGCUCAGGGGCACUAAAGGACCACAAGGAGACCAAGGUUCUCCUGGACAUGUAGGGAAUAUUAUUCAUAGGGAUUUCAGCAGGCCGAUUCCAGGUCCACCUGGACUUCCUGGACCUGCUGGUGAAUCUGGCUUUCCAGGACUUACAGGAAUUCAGGGAAGUGGAGGUCUAAAAGGUACAAAAGGCCUAGUGGGAGAUCAAGGGUUGGAUGGUGAACCCGGACCACCUGGCCAUAUCGGACUUCCUGGAGACCCUGGACCGGAGGGUGCCAGAGGUUCACCAGGCAGGCAAGGCCAACAAGGACCUCCAGGAGAUGAAGGUCCUCCCGGCCCUUCUGAGAGUUUCAGCGCAGGCUUCCUAUUGGUCAUCCACAGCCAAUCAACAGCUGUACCUGUUUGUCCUCAAGAUAUGUUAAAGUUGUGGGAGGGAUACAGCCUACUGUACCUUGAGGGGCAAGAGAAAGCACACUCGCAAGACCUGGGUCAGGUAGGGUCGUGUAUGCGUGUCUUCAGCACUAUGCCCUUUUCACUCUGCAACCAGCAUGCCUGCAACUAUGCCAACCGCAAUGACAAAUCCUAUUGGCUUGCCACCACUGCUCCAUUACCCACAAGGCCCGUGUCUGGGCUGGACAUCCAGCCACACAUCAGCAGGUGUGUGGUGUGUGAGGCUCCAUCACCGGCCAUUGCCAUUCACAGCCAGGAAAGACUCAUACCCACGUGUCCGCCGAAUUGGAGGAGCCUCUGGAUUGGAUAUUCUUUCCUUAUGCACACCGGGUCAGGAGAUGAAGGAGGCGGCCAGUCUCUCACAUCGCCAGGAAGCUGCCUACAGGAUUUCUUCACACAUCCAUUCGUGGAAUGCCAGGGCCCACAAGGGACAUGCCACUAUUUCGCCAACCUCUACAACUUUUGGCUCAUGAGUUUCAAUGGCGAGCAACCAGAUGAGCAACCAGAACUGAUGACCUUAAAAGAAGCGAGCCAGCAGCGUGAUUACGUUAGCCGAUGCAGUGUCUGCCUGAGGGUGUGAGACCAGCCUGGAACGGUCUCGCGCCCUCCUUUGUGACGCUACAGAGGAUGUAAGAUGGGUGGAGUCAUAAUAACCCCAUUUUUAAAAAAAAGAAAGAACUGAACGGUUUGUGAUUAUUCACACUGAAGAAAAACUGUGAACGAGUUUGUACACACUUUUUUUCCUCUCCACACUUAAUACUUGAGGGUUCGAGCAGUGUUUUAUAGCUAGUGAUUCUGAGCACCUGGUCUCAAAUUAUUGUCUGAUUUGUAAAAAAAAAAAAAAGGAAUAAAAUUCCACAAAAGUUCAACAUCGAAACUCAAUUUAAACAUUGCCUUCACGGUACAAACUUAAGAAUUAGAGUGCCUUGCAUAAGUAUUCAAGCCCCUGUUCUUUAACACCUUUUUAUUAUACUACGGCCUGGAACUGAAAUGGACUUAACUGGGAGUUUUACCAGUUUUUGGUUUUACACAAUCGUUAGUGCAAAAUAUUUACAUCGUCACCGAGUAAACGAUAACUAGACGACAGUUUGCUGUUUGCCUCUCUGAGACAAUCACUUUUGGCUGCAGUUACAGCUGCAAGGAUUACGCCUCAGUCGUUUUUGCAGAUCUGGUUCCGUACCGUUUUCGCCAUUCUUCUCUGCAACAUUGCCGAAUCUUUUGUCAGACUGGAUGUGAACAGAAAUUCUCUCAGAAAGUUUUGCCACAGAUUCGUGACCGGAUUGAAAUCUGGGGCUUUCAGCUUCUUGGUUUUUGAGCCACUCCAGCAUAGCUUUGGCAGUCCGCUUAGGUUUAUUGUCUUGUUAAGGAGGUGAACCUCCACUUUUCUUCAAAGAUUGCCUUGUAUUUGAAUCCAUCCAUUCAUCUUGCCCUUAACCCUGACCAGUUUCCCACUCUCUGCUGAUAAGAAGCUUCUCCGGAACAUACUUCUACCACCACCAUGAUUCUCAGUGUGGAUAGUGUUCUCAGUGUGAUGAGCAGUACUGGGUUUCUCCCAACCCUAACGCUUUGCAUUUCAAUUUUGAUCUCCUAAGACCAGAGAAGCUUUUUCCACAUUUGGGGUGGGGUGUAAAUACUUAUGCAAGGCACCUUAGCGUUUUACUAGUUCUUAUAACAAGAAUAGAAAAUGAAUCCAAUACAUUAUAGUUGAAAAUGAUUGUAAAUGCUGAAAGGAAAGCAUUGAUGAAAGGUGGUGUGCCGGUUUUACUAUGGGUUCGGUCGUAACAACAUGGUGCUAAAGGUCAUUGCGUAGCAUUUCCACCUACGGAGCAUCAAAUGCUCAGUUUCUUCUUUAUGAUUUACUUUAUUUUCUCCUACCUUAUAGCUGUGGUUUCCACAGAACCUUGUAGCCAUCUGUCUGUAACGUUAUAUAUGUGCAUCAUUACUGCUGACUCUCUACUCAACCUCAGUGUGCAUGCAAAUAUUCAUAUAUUUCAUGGUUGCAUUUAACGGCACAUUUCAAUAUUUGCACUUUAUUGGAAUUGAUACAUAUUUUUAGAUGCUUGAGUGUUUCAUCUUGUCUUUUUUCCCUGGGAAAGUCAACUAAAAGCACCAGCCGUGAACGCUUGUUAGAGAAUCUUCCCUAAAGUAGAUGAAAGUUUUUUCUGGUUGUUUCUGUUUGUGGUGCUAUUACUAAUUAUUACCAGAAUUAAACCAAACUAACUCCAGUAUUCAGUAUUCUUCACCAUAUCAUUUUACAGUAACUGUGGAUAUGGGAACUUAUAGGUAUUAUACUGUCUACGCUACCGGAUGUAAAUAUGUUUCACUGUUGAAAUGACAGUUUAUCAUCUUUUAAUUUAUUUAGGAAGAACUUAUUUUAUAUACGGAAGCCCUGAACCGAAAGUUGUGGGGUAAAAUAGAAAUUUUUUUUAAAACUGCAUAAUUGUAUCAUUUUAUCCAUUUCGACAAACAUCGCAGAAUAAACUCGCGAUCCCUGAAUGAGGCGCGGUGAGCUUGUUUCUCAUCUCCUGUCUAUUUGAAGCGAGCUAAAAUGACGGACAAGAUGUCACAGGAAAUGUUUUAGCUCACGUCACUACGUUGCUAGCCGCUAACUUGCUAGCAACCGAGCUAGAUUUUCUCGCUACCUUAGAAGUGGUCAUCAGUAGAGCUUUGGCUAGCUCGGGAUCCAUCCUCAGGUGAAAGAAUGAACUAGCGCUCGUGCUAAAAGUUCUGGUGUAUGACGAAACUUUGUAUCCGUAAAUAUCUACAUUUAACGUCAUGCGAACUAUUUCGUUCCUGUUCUCACUUAUGUUAUAGCAGCUAUAAUGUAAGUCAUUCCCUCACCGGCCCUCAAAAAAGACAAAAAAUAAGACAAACAAUAUAUAAUUGUGUUACCCGCAUGCUACAGGUUUUUUUUUUUAUUAUUAUUAUUAUUUUUUUUUACUGCAAUGCUUUUUCAAAUCUGUCCAAAAUAAGGAACCUUAGAAGACAGGCGCUUUCCGAAAGAAACAGACUUUCCAAGAAGAACGUCAAAAUGUCCUCAGGAACAUGUUGCGCAUCACAGAUGAUCACGAAGGUUGGAAUAGUAAUCACGUGGAUAUCAAACACGCACCUGUGGACAUUCAGGACAUGGAAAUGUCGCUUCUCGCUCCUUUGCUGUACGUCGAGUCGAGUCUGAUGUGAUCUGCCCAGUUCUUUUCGUUUGUUUUGUUUCUGAUUUAGUUUUAUUUUUGUUUGUAGCGUGACUGUUUGUAUUGUUUCUUGUACAAGGUGAACAUUUUAUUAGCGGCCAGUGCAGUUCCAAUAAAAGAUACCGAGUUCCCAGA